AUGUUUGUGAAUACAAUAACGUUAUUGAUUUCUUUCAUAUUUAUAUAUUCAUUAGGACAUGUUUACAUGACGAGAGUUACAUAUAUAAAUAAGGGGAGUGUGGAAGUAGUAAUUGGUUUAUUGAAUCAGUUUAUAUCAUAAAAUUAUUAUUCUCCUGAAGCAUUUACGAAGGAAUUUAACACCAUUCUCGUUUAGCCUCAGCAUGAUUAUUGCAUCAAAUCAGACACUUACAAGUACUACCAUCCAGAUGUGAUUAUGAAUGACACAUAUACCUUCAGAGAAUAUAGAGGUGUGGUGAAAGAAGCAUUGUAAUAACAUUUCUUUGAUGUCUUGCCUAACGUUAAUCUGCAUAGAAAUAAUAAAGACUGUAUGUUUCCUAAUUAUUGA